UUCUUAAAAAGGAAAAUAGAGUUUGGUAAUAACACUAAUAUGAAUCUGACAUAUUCUCCGGAAAGUGUUAUGUGAAAGGAGCUCCGUUGCAAAAAAUAUUUGAUUUCCAUAACACUAAUCUCGAUCUACACAAGCUGGUGAUGAAAUAAUCAUAAUGUCGUCGAGAACGCCGUGCAGAUCGCUGGUCCCGGACAUGGAUCACCACGUCAAGCGCAUGCUCAAGCUCAUCGAUGAGGACGCCGACACCUUCACCAAAAAGGUCGAACUCUACUACCAGAGACGCCCCGAGCUCAUCGCCCUCCUCGAGGAUCUCUACCGGAUGUACCGCUCCCUUGCCGAGCGCUACGACCACGUCACCGGCGACCUCAGGAAGACCAUGCCUUCCGAUCUCCAAUCCCAGUGCUCCGGGAUCACGGAUCUCGGAUCCGACCCCCCCUCCACCAUGCCCUCCCCUGGGGCCAGCCGCGCCGCUGGAUUCGACUUCUUUUUAGGCCAUCACGGAAAGGAGGGGGAUGAUCAGUCCUCCAUUUUGGAGUUUGGAUCGGAACCUGACGAUUCCCCUGUGAAUUACUACUCGAGCAUGCAUAGCAACGACGACGAGGUGGCGAAGGAGAGGAGCGCCGCCGGCAAUGGCGAAGUUUUGGAGUCGGAGUGCAAGAUUCUGACGCUGUGGGAGGAGCACCGCCUCACACGCGAGAAACUGCUGGCGUCGGAGCAGGAGGUGGCGCGGCUGAGGCAAGAUCUCACGAGCAAGGGAUUUCCAUUGCAGAAUUUGCAGCAUCAGCUCAAAGUCAUGCAGAAGGAGAUCUCUGACCUGAGAGAGAAGCUCGACGAAGAGAAGGAUGAGACUGCGAAGCUGCAUGAGACCAUCGCCAAGUACAAGGCCAACGUUGCAGAGCUUGAGGCCGGGAAGGUGGAGAUGGAGGAAAAGUAUGGCUUGGAAAUCGAGCAGUUGAAGGCGGAGAUAGAGGAGCUGCAGGAGAAGGAGGAGACGGAGAUGAACGAGAAAGAUGAUCGGAUUGACCAGAUGAGCAGCCAUCUGCACCAGAUGCAGGUGGAGCAAGUCGAUCUGAUGGCCGGAGCUGAAGCUGCACGUAAGGUGGCGGAGGAGCUCCGGUUGAAGAUUAAGGAGCUGGAGAGAGAGGUGGAGAAGAAGCAGCAGAUCAUAGCAGCAGGUGCAGAGGAGAAGCGCGAAGCCAUAAGGCAGCUCUGCUUCUCUCUUGAGCAUUAUCGCAACGGCUACCAUUGCCUCCGCGACGUCGUCAUGGGGCAGAACUCGACUACAUCUUAAGCUUACUUUUGUGAUAUUUUGUCUGGUCUGUUGCAGUCGUCUUCUUGUUCAUAAGUAGGUCUCUGGUCUAGGUGAGUCUUUUUGGCGUUGUUUGUGUCGAAAAUUCAUGUAUCGUCCUCUUUUUCAUGGUGUGUUUUUGCAAUUCCAGACUAUUGGAAAAAAUAAAACCCAACUGUGUAGUUUUCA